AUGAGUUUGUUUGAAAUUAGUGAGAACGUGAAGCUCGCGCGGGAGUAUGCCUUACUGGGGAACUACAGUUCUGCUGUGGUUUGCUAUCAGGGAGUACUUGAGCAAAUCAAGAAAUACCUGUUCUCGGUUCGUGACAGUGUCUUACAGCAAAAAUGGCAACAGGUUUGGCAAGAAAUUAAUGAGGAAACCAGACAUGUAAGAGAAAUUAUGACGACUUUGGAGAGUUUUAGUAUGGAAACGCCCCCUUCAAAACCAAGCAGUUUCAAUCAAGAUCACGACAUCAUGCCAGUCCAAGUAGAGCGCAGAUCCUCUCCGUGUCCUGUCAGGAGAGCUCCAGGGCCUUACAAAGACAACAAGCCCAACACCAGGCUGAGCGCCGGGCCUCGGGCAGUCAGGCCGUCGCCCAGAGGGCCAAACGGAGACAAGGGCAAACCGCAGAGGGGCAAAGAGAAAAAAGAAAACUCUUCAAAGUCCAAAGAUGACAAGAGCAAAGCGGACGUUUCAGAGACAGAGGUGAAGAGGUUUGAUAGAGGAGGGGAGGACAAAGACUUGGUGGAGACUCUAGAACGUGACAUCAUAUCCCAAAACCCCAACGUGAAAUGGGAUGACAUAGCAGAUUUGGAAGAAGCCAAAAAGCUUUUGAAGGAAGCUGUCGUGUUGCCCAUGUGGAUGCCGGAGUUCUUCAAGGGGAUUAGGCGGCCAUGGAAGGGAGUGCUUAUGGUUGGCCCCCCGGGCACAGGGAAGACGUUGUUGGCCAAAGCUGUGGCCACUGAGUGCAGAACAACAUUCUUCAACGUGUCCUCCUCCACACUCACUUCCAAAUACAGAGGAGAGUCAGAGAAACUGGUUAGACUGCUGUUUGAAAUGGCCCGAUUCUAUGCUCCCACCACUAUAUUCAUUGAUGAGAUCGAUUCCAUGUGCAGCCGAAGGGGAACGUCGGAGGAGCACGAAGCCAGCAGACGGGUCAAAGCAGAACUCCUGGUCCAGAUGGAUGGCGUUGGUGGGACGUCAGAAAAUGACCCCUCUAAGAUGGUGAUGGUUUUGGCAGCUACUAAUUUCCCCUGGGACAUCGACGAGGCUCUCAGACGACGGCUGGAGAAGAGAAUUUACAUUCCACUGCCCUCAGCCAAAGGAAGGGUGGAACUCCUAAAGAUUAGCCUAAAGGAGCUGGAGUUGGCUCACGAUGUGGACCUGGAUAAAAUCGCAGAGCAAAUGGAAGGAUAUUCUGGUGCUGACAUCACUAACGUCUGCCGAGACGCGUCUCUGAUGGCCAUGCGUCGCCGGAUCGAGGGCCUGACUCCAGAGGAGAUCCGAAACCUUUCCCGGGACGAGAUGCAUAUGCCCACCACCAUGGAGGACUUCGAGACGGCACUAAAGAAAGUCUCUAAAUCGGUUUCCGCCGCCGAUUUGGAGAAGUACGAGAAAUGGAUCACUGAGUUCGGCUCCUGCUGAUUUGUCCAAUUCGCAGUUGAUA